CGCGAUUUCAAUGGUUAGCAAUUUUGUAUAAGAAGGCGUCUGAGUGUUCGGGAUUUAACCAUUCCCUUCCGCCGUCCCCUCUCACCUCCUGGCUUAUUGAUUAGGCCUGCAUCUCGUCCACUCAUUAAGUGUCAUUUCCCACUACUAUCGGCCUCAUCGCAUAUACCUCAAUCCAUCUUAUACCCAAUCAAUAUGUCCUCAGUAACCCUCCGCAUUCUGUCCUUAUGGGUCGUCCUCUUUGGGAUUUCUGCAAUGGUUGCAGCAUCACCCGCGCCUAUAGCUCCCGAGCUUGCAUCACUCAUCACGAGCAAUAUGAAUCUGAAUUGCAUACACGGCUGCGAGGCUGCUAACAGCACGCAACAACUGAAUACGAAUGUUGCCUUAACGUCUGCAUCGAGCCCGAAUUCAUUCGUACUUGGAGCUAUAUUGCUAGCUGGUGGCGUUCUGACACUAUCAUGAGGGUACACGAUUGAGAGGCGGCUUCCAGGUCGGACCUUGACAUUCUUCUAGAUGUUCAUGUAUUGUUAUCAGUACAUUUGAUGUAGCAGUAAACAUCGGCGCUGUUUCUAAUUGCCGGUUUGUAAUUACACGCAUAGAUGCUGAGUGUGAGCUGUCCAUCCCAUAAUCGAUAGAUCUUGAGCAG